UUAAUGAUUUGAUAGCAACAAAAAAACCAAAACACAACAGAGAAGAAAGUGAAAUUGCUUUCGAGCAAAAAGGGGCAAGCAACUUUUUUUUUUCUUUUUUUUUUAAAGGCGAACUCUGCAAGAUUCAAUCCGCCAUUGAAGCUCCUUCACUCUCUUAUUCAUCUUCUUCCUCAAGUUAAAAGUCUAAUGAGGAAACUUACGUGGCGUGUUUGAAUCUCUCCUUUCUUUAUAUAGAACACCACCAACCUUCAACAUCAAAAAAGCUAGUAUUUCGUAAGCGGUUACUAAACUGACUUGAGAAGGUUUGAUGGGAACAGGGAACUCAAAGGAAAGCUGGAGACAGGAGUCUUCUUCAUCAUCGUUUAGGUCAGCUUCAGCUUCAUCAGCAUCACCUUCUUCAUCUUCUUGGGCUUCUCAUCAAAGCUAUCCUCAGUACGGUCCAGAAAGCUAUAACUAUCCUCCUACGCCUUCAUAUGCUCCUCCUCCACCUCCUGAGUAUGCGCAGCCUCCUCCUGCACCUUCUUAUAGCACUCAGCCUUAUUCUCAGCCGCCUUCUUAUAGUCAUGGCAAUGAUAAGAAGAGGUUGGAGCGCAAGUUUUCUAAAAUCUCUGAUGAGUACUCCUCUUUGGAGCAGGUGACGGAGGCUCUUGCACGUGCGGGUCUAGAAUCUUCUAAUCUCAUUGUUGGUAUUGAUUUCACUAAGAGCAACGAGUGGACAGGGGCUAGGUCCUUUAAUAGGAAGAGCUUACAUUACAUAGGCAAUAAUCCCAACCCUUAUGAACAAGCUAUAACUAUCAUAGGAAGAACAUUAGCCGCUUUUGACGAGGACAACUUGAUUCCAUGCUAUGGUUUUGGAGAUGCGUCAACGCAUGAUCAAGAUGUGUUUAGUUUCAAUCCUGAGGAUAGGUUCUGUAAUGGGUUUGAGGAAGUGCUUGGUCGGUAUAAAGAGAUCGUGCCUCAGCUUAAGCUCGCAGGGCCAACUUCAUUUGCUCCGAUUAUCGAUAUGGCUAUGACCAUUGUUGAGCAGAGUGGUGGACAGUACCACGUCCUAGUGAUAAUAGCAGAUGGGCAGGUUACAAGAAGUGUUGACACUGAAAAUGGACAGUUAAGUCCGCAAGAGCAGAAGACUGUUGAGGCUAUCGUGCAAGCGAGUAAGCUUCCUCUAUCAAUAGUCUUAGUGGGGGUUGGGGAUGGACCAUGGGAUAUGAUGAGGGAGUUUGACGAUAAUAUUCCAUCCAGAGCUUUUGAUAACUUCCAAUUUGUGAACUUCACAGAGAUCAUGUCAAAGAACAAAGCACAGUCCCUGAAGGAAACAGAGUUUGCCCUCUCUGCUCUCAUGGAGAUCCCUCAGCAAUACAAGGCCACAUUAGAGCUUAGCCUUUUAGGCAGAAGAAGAAAUGGGAAUAUCCAGGAACGAUUCCCUCUUCCACCUCCAAUGCAUGGUGGAGGAUCAUCCUUCAACAACAAGCCAAAGACUAAUCGUGUUCCAAGUUUCAAACCGAGUGUACCUCCUUAUCCAUCUGAAAGCUAUCCCGUAAGGUCUAGUCCUGCACCACCACCAGCUACAAUCUCUGCUUCUGAUAACCAGCUGUGUCCGAUUUGUCUGAGCAGUCCUAAAGACAUGGCCUUUGGUUGUGGCCAUCAGACUUGUUGCGACUGUGGACCGGAUCUUGAAAUGUGUCCGAUUUGCCGUGCACCGAUCCAGACAAGAAUAAAGCUCUACUAACAAGCAGGGGGCCAAGAUCGACUACACUUCUCUCUUUGUGUUAGUUUUGUUCGUUGAUUCACUUUUCUAACUUGAUCGUUUACAAAAUCUUUUGUCUUCUUUGCUUGGAAUUAAAAUGUUGCUAUCAAUGCUUGAUCCUUUGUCCGUUUUUCAGUUCUUUUGAUUGAUUUUUUUUUUCUAAUAAAUUUGAGUCCUGAAAUUGGCUA